UCAAAAUCUACCAAGGGAAAAGAGGUCGACAAAAAGAUACUUAGAAAGCAAGAUAAAGGCGGAAAUAUGACAGCAUUACCAGAUACGAUGCGCUCCCUCGUAGCACCAAAGUACGGUUUUCCGACUGAGUGGGAAGUCACCGACAUGCCAGUCCCAACGAUCGACGACCCCAAGGAAAUGUUGAUCAAAGUUUACGCCGCCGGUAUCUCGACGGGUGACACGCAGGUCGCAAGAGGGGGGACGAAGUAUUUAAUCGGAGAUCUCAAAAUGCCUCACAAAAUCGGCAUCGAAGCCGCCGGCGUAGUCGUAAAAAUCGGGACCGGCGUGACGAACUUCAAACCCGGCGACGCCGUGUACGCGUUCGGGCUAAGCCGACCCAUGAACAUGCUCGCAGCGCCCGGCUUCUGCUCGGAAUACUGCGUCGCGCGCGAGGCCCUCGUGCUGCACAAACCAGCCACAACGGACUUCGUCGACGUGUGUAAUCUCGCAAACGUAGUCACGGCAAUCCAGACCAUCGACAUGGGGCUACGACACAUGCGCGACAACGGGGUCGUCGACGGACUCGAAGGGAAAACUGUUUUCGUACCGGGCGGGCUAAGCGCGACGGGGUCGGCGGCGAUCCAGGUGUUGAAGAAUGUGUACGGGGUGGGGAAGCUGAUUACGACGGUGAGCACGGCGAAGGUGCCGCUCGUGGAGGAGUAUCUCCCGGGUUUGGUUGACCAGGUUGUGGAUUACACGAAGUGUAGAAACCUGGCAGACGCUAUUCCCGCCGGAAGCGUCGAUUUGGUGUAUAACACGCAGUGGGGCGUGCAGAAGACGUUUCCGUUGGUGAAGAGGAAUGUUGGGGUUGUGGCGUCGAUUGCGAGUGUGCCGAGUCCGGGAUUGUUGAGGGGUGGGGACCAGGGACCCGGGAUGUUGCCCCCGUUGCCGUUUUUCGUGUAUUGGUUUGCGGCGGUGGCGCAGUGGUACUAUGCGUGGAAGCUUAGGGGUACGAAUGUUAAACAUGAGUUUCACUCGGGGAAUAUUGGGGCGAGAGAGGAUCUCGAACGCGCGGGGGAAAUCGUGGCGAUGGGAAAGGUGAAGGCUGUGAAGAGGGUUGUCGAGUUAGAGGAUAUUGAUGUGGUGAGGAGGGAGGCGCAGAAGGUAGCUACGGGAAAAGGGGGUAUUGGGAAGUUGAUUAUUAAGAUCGUGUAA